AUUCAAUCAAAUAUCGUGUUUGCGUGUGAGCGUGAUUUCCGACAGUAGAUUCAAUAAGGUUUUAGGUUUGUUGAUUUUCUAAUUCAUAGUUGUCUGCUCACAGCUUUGCUUUAGAGUUUGAAAGUCACCGCCGUGAGAUGGAGCAGAAGCAUAUUUGUGCUUCCAUAUGUGAUUGCUUACCCACCCUAUCUGAAAACCAUCCUUGGUUGGUUGAUCAUAACCUCGAAGACGACAACCGAGACCAUAUUAUCUACACCACGCGUGACCCGCCGUCUCAACACAUGUAUCGAAUUCCUUCGUUCCUCGGGAGACGUGUCCAGGGAUGUUUCUAUGGCUGGGUGAUCCUCUCAAACCAUCCGCACAACGACAUGUGGUCUCUUUGGAACCCGAAGACUUCUAAAACUAUACGCCUCCCCCGCUUGAUUCCAAAAAAAGGAGAUCGAGGUUCGAGUAGUCUUCGACAAUGUUGUCUGUCAUCCCCUCCCGAUGAUCACGGUUCAAUUUUCAUGUUAACAAUUAAAGAAUAUACCAUUGCUUUUUGUCGGCUAGACUGUAAAAGAAAGAGGUUAAAAUGGGUGGAAAUGUCAUAUGCGAAACAGAUGAAGAACAUAACGGGGGGCUACGAUGGUUUUUUGCAUAGCCUAACUUGUUGCAAUGGUAAAGUGUACGCGUUGAAUAGUGUGCGUAGUAAUGGGUUUGUUAUACAAAUUGAUAUUGUGGUUAAGGGUACAGAAGUUGUGAUAAGUCUAUUACCGUACGUGGAACACCACCCGUCUUAUUACAUCAAUGAACGUUUGGCCUCGGUUUCUUUUCUGAAAGGAUGGUGUACGGAAUUGUUCUACAUUGAAUUAAGUUUUGUUAAGGAGGACCACGUGGAAACGAAAACUGUUGGUGAUGUGGACGUGUUUAAACUGGACACGACUGAUAUACGAUGGGAGAAACUGGAAGAUAUGAAAGACGCUGCAUUCUUUUUGGAUCUUACUCAUGGUGGUUACUCUGCAUUUUACAGCCCUGCAAUUGGCUCGGAGUUAGGGGGUUAUGUACACUUUCUUGACAGAUCCGGACUAGUAAUAAACUCAUACGACGUCAAGAAUAAAACCAUAGCCUUAUCUUCAAUGCCAACGCGCCACACAUCAAUGUUGGAACGCAGGUUACAAGGUGAUGACGGAGAGAUCAAGUUUAAACAAGAAGAGGACAGCAGAAAUGAGAUGGUGGUAAGGGAUGACGAGGUUGAUAGUAAGUUACGCCUUUUUGACAUUCCGUUGGAUGUUUUGAAGACGAUUAUGGAGCUUUGUGUCGGCGUCGAAUACCUCAACUUCCGUGCUACAUGCAAGAAAUGCCAGAUAGCAGCACCGAUGAUCCGAUGGAGUAAGGGAGAGUAUUCAUUAGUUUCACCGUGGCUGAUGGUGUUGGACAAAGAGCGAGGCGUUAUCUCUUUCAUUGAUCCUAUGUUUGGUGACAAGUACUACAUAAAGACACCUAAAGAAUUAACUGGUGAUAUGGUAAUACAUUGUUCAUUGGGUGGUUGGGUGCUUAUACGUAGACGUACACGUGAGGGUACGCGUGAGGGCCCACUGAUGUUCUAUAACCCCUUCACAAGUGAUAUCCGUGUGCUUCCACCCGUGCCUCAUUUAGACACCUGUAGUUUCUCCGCACCACCUACUUCCUCCGAUUGCGUGGUGGUUGGAUUUACAUUUACACCACGUAGCCGCAAAUGGCGUGUUUACGUGCACUUUGUAGCUAGAGAAUCCUUAUGGAUUGGGUUCGAUCUAAGCUUUUGUGAUGACGACUUACCCUCCUUUCAUUCUGGAACACAAUGGCACGAAUAUCUUUAUGCUUUGUAUUACGAUGGAGGACUUGGUUUCGUACGUACACAGCCGACUAUAGGAACAUAUGUUCAAAUUAGUGCUUGCUUUAAAGGCCCAAGAAGUAGUUGCAGAUCUCCGAAACAACAUUUUUUAAUGAAAUGUGAUGAUCCGUUUUUAGUAGUACUAGUCAUCGUGGGCGAAUUUGGAGAAUGCGUUGAGGUAUUCAAGUUGAAUGGUUCUUACGAAUGGGAGAAAACAGAGAGUUUAGGAAGGGACACGAUUUAUAUUUGUGGUAAGGCAUGCCUUUGCAUCGAAGCCAAAACGCCAGAAAUGGCGAACAGGAUUUACUUUCCGUGUGUACGUUCUGAGAACAGGAAGAUAGUGUUCUAUUCCCUUGAAACAAGAAGGUAUCAUACAUCCGAUGUAGAAGAAAGUUUUGGGGAUUUCAUGGGAACACAACAUCAUCUCGACCAGCAUGUUUGGAUUGAACCAUGUUGGUCGUAGGUAGCUUCGUUAUUAUGUUUUAUUAGCACCACAUACAUUGUUUUUAAUUACUCAUAACUUAAAAGACUUGUGUUGCUUUGCA